ACAUUUGGCCCAAAAGAGGCCAUCGUCCUUCCAUUGCUUCCUCACCUCGUUCUUCUAUUUCCUCCUAUUGACAUCACCAUUCACCAAGCAGAAAAACGAAGAAAAAUCUAGCUUUGUCCAGCGAUGGAGUCGAGCGAAACAACUACCACCACCACCACUACAAAUACCUCAUCUCCUCUCUCUCGUUCCCCUUCUUCUUCUUCUCCUCCUCCUCCUCCUCCCCCUCACCCUGUCGUAGUCAGUCCUUGUGCCGCCUGCAAGAUUCUCCGCCGGCGAUGCGUUGAGAAAUGUGUUCUUGCGCCAUACUUCCCCCCAAACGAACCCCUCAAAUUCACCACUGCCCAUCGAGUGUUCGGAGCCAGCAAUAUCAUCAAGUUCCUGCAGGAGCUUCCCGAGUAUCAGAGAGCUGACGCAGUGAGUAGCAUGGUUUACGAAGCGAAUGCACGAAUUAGAGACCCAGUCUACGGGUGUGCAGGGGCAAUCUGCCAGCUCCAGAAGCAAGUGAGCGAGCUCCAAGCACAAUUGGCCAAGGCCCAGGCCGAGCUCCUCAAUAUGCAAUGCCAGCAGGCUAACCUAGUGGCUCUGAUUUGCAUGGAGAUGACACAAUCUCAGCAACCGGCGUUGUUGCAACAGUCCUUGGACAACUUCAUGAAUAGUCCUUACAGCUUUCAGACUAACGGGAGCUUCAAUGAAGACAACAACAACAACAACAAUCUAGGCUCAGUUUGGGAACCACUAUGGACAUGAUCGAUCCUGCUCUUCAUCCGUCGGCAAGUUACACCAGAUUCCCCCAGUUCUGAAAGGAGUGCAGCGGGAGGGAAAGAUUCAAGAGAGACAUGGUUAGAACUUAGACCAAAUAUAUAUACUUAUAUAUAAUUAGAACUAAUCCAAUUUGAUCUUCUGGUGAAUAAACCCAAAAAAAUAGUGCAAAUUAGAUCCUAAAGUCUGGUGGGUCUGUCCUUUCCAUGUAUUCUCUGAAUUGUAGGAACUGCAUCUCUGUACCUUAUGAUGUUGAUUUUUGAUUAAUCAAAAACAAACACAAUUUGUUGUUCA